AUGACGGACCUUACGCCAGCAGUCAAUGAUCUGCUCAGGGCUCGCGGCAGCUCUCUCCUCUCCAGCGUGACGAGCAGUCCCUCCGACACGCAGGUGGACGAGUUCCUCAAGGAGGCUCAUAGAAUCAACGUCCACAUAGCAUCUCUCCUGGCAUAUCUCAAGUCUAUACGAACAGUGUACCUGUCCACGGCACCCGCCAGGCCAUCUGGCCGCACACAAAGCGCAGACUUCAACCCGCUCAACCCGUCGUCAAGCUCGAUAUCAACACACCUAACCGACCCCGAGCGAGACUCGAUCGAUUCCUCCACUGCAUCCUUACUGCAAGAUCUAUCUCGCUCCAUAGGGAACCUGGCGUCAGCCGAAUCGCUACGUGCCCAGACCCAGGCAUCUGUGUUGCGCAAGAAGUACGGCCAUGGCAAACUAAACGAGCGGCUAUGGCAGUGGGCUGGAGGCGGAGGAGUCGUGGACGUACCUCGUUCAUCUGAGCAGGAAGAAGCAGAGGAUACGGAGAAGAAUGUCGUCGGCAUACGCGAGAGUGUUCUUUGGUUUCUUAGGCGGGGCCUAGAGUGUGCCGCGGAGGUGCAGAGGGAGAUGGUCGAGAAGAGGAUCGAGAGAAUCCGAGAGAAGGAGAAGAGUGUGCUGUAUAAGGCUAAAGCAGGCCAGAUGCCGAUACACACGCAGCCUAAUGGUGGUAGUGGAAUGGGCGGUGGGAGCGGACGAUACGACGGUGGAGAUGAAGAUACGUUACGCGGGCGAGAUAUUUCUAUCGACGAGAAGGAGGCCGCGGCUAUUGAAUCGCAGCUUUCGCCGGAGCAGCUGCAGCUGUUUGCGCAGGAGAACGACGGCAUGCUGAAGUAUUAUGAAGACACCCUCGGCAAGGUCCAAAACGCGGAGAAGUCGCUGCUGGAGAUAUCCUCGCUGCAACAGACGCUGGUGGCUCAUCUGGCUACGCAGGAAGACUAUAUCAACCAGCUUGUGCGUGAUGCCGACUCGACUCACGCCAACGUCGGACGAGGCAACAAGGAGCUGAAGAGAGCGAGCGAGCGACGCAGCGAGGCCCAGAUGGUCUUCUGGGCUACCGUCGUCCUUUGCGUCUGGCUGAUCUUGUGGGAUGCCAUUUUCUAG